AUGGCUGUCCUUGCCAUGCCGGGCGCAAAUGUAUUGCUGCCAAGGCCAGGAUACCCAAUGUACGAAGCACGCGCAGCCUUGGGUGGGCUCGAGUUCAGGCACUACAAUCUUCUUCCGGACGAAGGAUGGGAGGUUGACAUUGAAGGUGUGGAGGCCCUUGCUGAUGAGAACACCGUCGCCAUUGCUAUGGUCAACCUGGGUAACCCUUGUGGGUCCGUCUACUCCUAUGAGCACCUGACCAAGAUUGCAGAGACAGCAAGAAAGCUCGGGAUAAUGGUAAUCUGUGACGAAAUUUACGAGCAUUGCACAUUUGGAAGCAAGCCUUUUGUGCCCAUGGGUGUGUUUGGUGAGAUAGCUCCUGUGGUAACGCUGGGCGGCAUAUCCAAGAGGUGGAGGGUGCCUGGUUGGCGGCUUGGUUGGAUCGCAAUGACUGAUCCAAAGGGAAUCCUCAGGAAGAAGAAGAUUCUUGAGUCCAUCAUUAUAUACCGUAGCAUCUCAGUAGAUCCAGCAGCAAUUAUUCAGGUAGAACUGGAUAUCUCAUAUUUCGAUGGCAUCGACGACGAUAUUGACUUCUGCACCAAGUUGGCCAAAGAGGAGUGUGUUGUGAUCUGCCCAGGCAGUGGGCUUGGGAUGAAGAACUGGCUCCGUGUAACCUUCGCGGUAGAUCCUCCUCUGUUGGAGGAUGUGAUGGAGAGGCUCAAGUCUUUCUGCCUGAGGCAUGCAAAACCCACUAGAAAUCAUGUCACCUUGUGA